AUGCUCUUGACAGGGGCUGCGGGGCGACCCACCGCUCUACCGACCAGGCAUGCACAACCCAAAUUGACCGGCCAACCACCGUAUCCUUGGGCCUACUCCGCAAAACUUUGUUGGUCUCCGUCCAAGCACCGAACGGGUGCCGACACCUGCCAUGUUGUCACCGUCCCGUCGAUACCGCUGCGUACAGCGGCCCAGGCUCGGGCUCCCCCUGGGGCCAAGGCUUGUGGUGUGCAAACAUAUAUGACCGCCAGACAUGCUCGCUCGAUUCCCCACAUUCCAUCACCACUCGCUUUUGACGUCGCGUACAUACAUUACCAGCAAAGCCACUUGAUCAUCAUGGCUCCCAUCGCAGUUGAGCCCGUCCUGCCCGUUGUGGCGCCGGUUAAGACCGCCAGCACCAUCGUCGCCAAGGGCACCGCCAUGGACGCUAUCUCGGACAUGGUCGACGAGGUCAACGUCUACCGCGGUCAGCAUCCCGAGGCACCGCAGCCGCAGUCGUCCGAGGACGAGGCGUGGCGCACCGAGGGCUCCCAGUUCGACUCGGAGAAGGACAAGGCCGACUUCCGCCGCUACGAAGAUGCGCUCGACCACGUCAAGGCCUUCUACAAGACGCAGCACGAGAAGCAGACGGUGGCGUUCAACAUUGCUGCUCGCGAACGCUUCCUCAAGAACCACCACGCCAGCAUGACCGUCUGGGAGGCCAUCGAGAAGCUCGACACGCUCGUUGACGAGUCGGACCCCGACACGUCGCUCUCGCAGAUCCAGCACCUGCUGCAGACCGCCGAGGCGAUGCGUCGCGAUGGCAAGCCCGACUGGAUGCAGCUCACGGGUCUCAUCCACGACCUCGGCAAGCUGCUCUGCUUCUUUGGCGCCGAUGGUCAGUGGGACGUUGUCGGCGACACCUUCGUCGUCGGCUGCGCGCCCGAGGGUACCGUCUACCCACACACGUUCGAGAACAACCCCGACUUCCACGACGAGCGCUACAACACAAAGUACGGCAUGUACGAGCCCAACUGCGGCCUGCAAAACGUCAUGCUCAGCUUCGGCCACGACGAGUACCUCUACGAGAUCGCCAAGCGCGAGUCGACGCUCCCACAGGCGGCACUCGACAUGAUCCGAUACCACAGCUUCUACCCGUGGCACCGCGAGGGCGCCUACCGCCACCUCUGCGCACCCGAGGACGAAGAUGCGCUUGCAAACGUGCUCGCCUUCAACCCAUACGACCUCUACUCCAAGUCCGACUCGCCACCGGACCCCGUCGCCCUGCGCCCCUACUACGAGAGCCUCGUCGAAAAGUACUUCGGCGGCAAGGACCGCAAGAUCCAGUGGUAA